CACACGCCUCGAUACGCGGUGUGCCUCCUCCUUCUGCUUCCCGUGCAUCGAGUCGCACAAUAACACUGUGGCGGAGCGGGAGAGGGGCCUCCGGUCUCAGAGGGGAAGAAUCCACCGAGUUUAACAGAAUCAACACUUAGGGGAAAUGACGAUUUGCAACUUUUUCAUCCAGGGUCGCUGUCGUUACGGCGAUAACUGUUGGAAUGAACACCCGAAGGGAGGAGGUGGAGGAGGUAGAGGAGGAGGAGGUGGUGGUGGUGGUGGAGGAGGAGGAGGAGGAUACAACAACAACAACUACAGCCGCUCCUCUGGUCAGCAACAGCCCAGAGGAGGAGGUGGAGGGUUUGGGAACAGAGUUUGGGUGAAUCCUGACCAGCAAAAAGGAAGCUACAUCCAGCCUUCAUCCUUCUCGUCUCAAGGAGGAGGCGACGACUGGGGCCGAGGAGGACGUGGAGGAGCGGACUGGGGAGGAGGAGGAGGAGGAAAUGACUGGGGCAGAGACGGAGGAGGAGGAGGAGGGGGGAAUGACUGGGGCCAAGGAGGUGGAGGGAGAAGAGAUAAUGUGAAGAGUGCAGAAUUCAGCUUCUCUCAAAACAGAUUCUCUGCGCUUGAUAGUCCUACCACCUUUAACAGGGGAGGAGGAGGAGGAAACGCUGGUGAUGAAGAUGAUGACAAAAAACUGGAGGUCAUUCAGAUGGACAUGGAGAUCUGGGAGAAUUCGCAUCAGUGGUGCCUCUCGUGUUAUUCCAGCUCCAAGGCACCUUUAUCUGGUUUCACCGAUCUCUCUCCAGAAGAGCUCAGGUUGGAGUAUAACGCCACAAGAGCCUCGGGGGAUCUGCAGAGCUACCUGAAUGGUGUCAAUCAGUUGCUCAACCAGUGGAGAAGCAGAGUCCAGGAACUGAAGGUUAUGAAUCCAGCCACCCGCACUGCUUUGCUUGCAGAGUUAAACAACCCAAUAGCUCAGGCACCUUCAAGUGGCUUUGGUUCAUCGACAGCGACUGGAUUUGGAUCCUCAACAUCUGACUUUGGAAGCAAAGGCUUUGGGGCUCCGGUGCAGGCCGCCAGUUUAAGCUUUGCUGCCGCAGGUGGUGGUUUAUCUUCCUCGGCUGCACCAUCAUCCUCAGCGGGAUUCGGUAGUGCCAUAGCAGCUCCGACACAACCGACCUCAGGAUUUGGCGCCACUUCUGCUCCGUCAGCUUCCACAUUCUCUUUCGCGGCUCCGACCACCGACAAACCGGCAGCCGCUUCAGGAUUUGGCUCCGCCUCUGGGUUCAGCUUCUCCUCCACAGCAAAUACUGGAGGAGGAUUGGGAAGCGGUUUUGGGACAGAAUCGUCCGCUGCAGCAGGAAGCGGCAGCGCUUUUGGACAAAUGAGUGGAGGGUUUGGGACAGCCACUGCUCCACCUGCAGCAGGGGCCCGGCCUGCUGGCGCUGCGCCGGACAGUCUGUUUUCACCUGAGGGCAGUCUGACUCCAGAGGAACUGAAUGAGUUCAAGGCUAAGAGGUUCACGCGCGGCCAGAUUCCUUUGAAACCUCCUCCAGUUGACAUGCUGGUUGUAUGAUACGUGGGGAAACUUCACAAAGAAUAAAUACAUUUAUACGAACAUUAUCUCCACAUAGAGCUUUUCUUAAAUACAAAUUCCUUAAAUGGUUUCAUUUAAGAUUUUUGUAUAAGUAUAGAGCAUGUGCAGCUUUAUAGUCAACCGUAUAUAUAUAUUUUUCAAGUGGCUUUUGUCAUAAAAUACUAUUUUAGGGGUAGCAGAAUGUGAACUGUUGAUGCUCUGAAGCAGUUUUAGCUUCUGCCAGAUGUACAGUAGACGACAGCAGGAUCCGAAAUUCCCUAAUGACAUUACUAUUAUCUGUGUGUGUGCAUAGUGUGGUUUGGUAUCAUGGAGGAGUAGUGCCCCCCCAGGUCUUUUUCCCCCAAAUUCCCUUGAAAUGCUGCUGCCUUUUACUUAUGUACCAACCUGAGACCAAGGGAGUAGCUUUUGUAAAUGUUGUAAUUGCACCUCUCAACCAGGCGAGGGCGCCAAGAGUAUUUAACGUAAGUCACGCACGAAGACAAAUGAGGCGAUUGUGAAUUAACUGUACUUUUGGACUAAUUUGUAAAGAAGGGGUCUCCUAAGGAUGAAUAAAAUUACAUGUGUGACACAACAUUGAAAUUGAAA